AGGAUUUUGUAGCGUAUUGCUUUCCGUCAUCAAUAAAUCGCUGUAAUUUCGGGCGUGUUCUCCGUUUACGUACAAAUUGAAAGAAACUGUCCAUUUAACUUCGCAUUCGGCUGCGUGGUGCGCGUAUAUAAUUGUUGUUGGAUUGUUUUGUUAUGAUAUCUUUUACCACACCCCUGAAUCCGCGGUGAAGUCUGAAGUGUCUUGCGUGUUUAUCGCCGACAGUUCGAGUGUGGCUGUUCGUGUGUUGUUUGUGCCGCUGGGUGAUAGUGUUUAAUGUGAUAUUGUCGCGGCGAGUGUUGUGUAGUGCGGCGUCGCGAGCACAUUGAUGGGAAGACGCGCGGUCCGGCGGCGGGCGGCGGAGCGGCCGCAGCGGCGGGUCAUUGCUUCCUGGAGGGUCUCCGAUAUAAUCCGCCACACUGGAACUGAUGGAAUUAGAGAAUAUCGUCGCCAACACAGUUUACUUGAAAGCCAGAGAAGGUGGUUCCGAUAGCAACAAGGGGAAAAGCAAAAAAUGGCGCAAGAUCCUCCAGUUCCCUCACAUAUCACAAUGCUUAGAUAUAAAAACAAAAAUAGAUGUAGGCUACGAGUAUGUGGUGGACCAACAACCGAUUGGCAAGUUGUUGUUCCGUCAGUUCUGUGAGCGCACGCGGCCUGAGUACCACAAGUACAACAGCUUCCUCGAUGCGGUCAGUAUCGUCAUCAUCGCCGCUGACAGAUACGAGGUGGAGGUUGAUGAGAACCGCGUAGCACUCGCAGCUGAAGUGUUCGGGCGGUUUCUGAAGACUGACGACCACACGUCCGUGACCGACGUCGUAACUGACCGUGUCAUCGAAGACACUAGCUCCUUGUUAGAAGUCGGCUCCAAAGACAUAUUUGCAGAAUGCGUGAAAUGCGUGAAGAGCUUCCUGGCGGGGACUCCGUUCGCGGAGUUCGAGAGGUCGAUGUACUUCCACCGGUACCUGCAGUGGAAGUGGCUGGAAGCGCAGCCGGUGACGCAGCACACCUUCCGGAUGUACCGGGUGCUGGGGAAGGGCGGCUUCGGGGAAGUCUGUGCCUGCCAGGUCCGAGCAACGGGCAAGAUGUACGCGUGCAAGAAACUAGAGAAGAAGCGAAUAAAGAAGCGCAAGGGGGAAGCAAUGGUGCUGAUAGAGAAGCAGAUCCUGCAGCGGAUCAACUCCCGGUUCGUAGUGAGCCUCGCGUACGCGUACGAGACCAAAGACGCGCUAUGCUUGGUGCUGACAAUUAUGAAUGGUGGGGACCUCAAGUUCCAUAUAUACAACAUGUGUGGCGCCGACACAGGGCUGGGGUUGGAGCGCGCGCGGUUCUACGCAGCACAAGUCGCUUGCGGGCUCGAGCAUCUGCACAAAAUGGGCAUCGUGUAUAGAGACUGCAAGCCAGAGAACAUCCUCCUGGACGACGCUGGCCACGUGAGGAUCUCGGACCUGGGGCUCGCCGUGGACGUGCCCGAGGGCGGCAGCGUGCGCGGCCGCGUCGGCACCGUGGGCUAUAUGGCGCCUGAGGUGAUAGACAAUGAGCGGUACACGUUCAGUCCGGACUGGUUCUCCUUCGGCUGCCUGGUGUACGAGAUGAUAGAGGGCCGGGCGCCCUUUCGAGCGCGCAAGGAGAAGGUCAAGCGGGAGGAGGUCGACAGGAGGGUCAAGCACGAGCAGGAGAAGUACUCGUCGAAGUUCAGCGAGUGGUCGCGCGCGCUGUGCGCGGCGCUGCUGCAGAAGGCGGCGGGCGCGCGGCUGGGCUGCGCGGCGGGGCGGCGCGGGGCGCAGCUGGUCAAGGCGCACCGGUUCUUCUCGCAGCUCAACUGGGCGCGGCUGGAGGCCGGCAUGGUGGACGCGCCCUUCGUGCCCGACCCCCACGCGGUGUACGCGAAAGACGUGCUCGACAUAGAGCAGUUCUCGACAGUCAAGGGGGUGAACCUGGACGCGGCGGACGACACGUUCUACGGCAAGUUCAACACGGGCAGCGUGUCCAUCCCGUGGCAGACGGAGAUGAUCGAGACCGGCUGCUUCACCGAGCUCAACGUCUUCGCCAGAGGCGAGGACGGGCGCGAGGCGGCCACGGCGGACCUGCAGCUGGAGCCCGCCGCCGCGCCGCCGCCCGACGACCACGGCUGCUUCAUAUUCGCGCGGCGGGUGCUGUGCCCCCAGAAGAAGGUGCCCCCGCGCCUGCGCGCCGUGCCGGUGCCCGAGCACCUGCUGCAGCCCACGUCGCCGCCCCCCGCCCCCGCCGCCGCCGCCCCAGCCGCCCCCGCGCCCCUCUACAGCUGA